UACCUUUUUUAAAGAAACCUAAAAUGAGUGGACAUCCAAUUCACCGUUCACGUUCCUCUCCAAUGAUUGCUUGGAACUCCCAUUCUCGAUUGGCAAGGACUUAUUCAGUCAGUGAUAUUUCAGCAUAUACAAAUGCUAGCGAUUAUUUUAAGCAACGUUGGUCAACAGCUUAUAACCCUUAUCACAACAGCCGGACUUAUUACUAUUGGCCACACCAUCGAAGCAGUUCUCUAUACCCCGUCUAUUCAACACAUGAAAGUACUCGAUAUUUUUAUGAAUCUCCAUAUUAUACUCGAGUACCUACUUUUUAUCCCACAUGGGAUUUUAAUUCAAAUUCAAAUUACUACACUUAUUUACUGGCAAGACACUGUUCGCGCUGUUUGGCGUCCAGCCCCUUAUGGCUAUGGAAGUUCUUAUACAUACAGAACAUAUUGGCCUUGGAGAGGAAAUAUUCGCUAUCACCAACGGCAAGUUUAUUAAAAAAUUAA